AUGCCUCCUAAAGCAGCUCAACGCGUCGCACCUCCCAAUCAAUACCCUCCCGAUGCGAUGCCUAAAAUCGGUAGGAUCAUCUUCCACAUCGGCGUAGCAGCCGCGAUGUUCGAUGGGUUCUGGGGGCUGCAGAGGUUGGCUAUUACCAAGGAUUAUAUCGGGACUCAGUAUGGUGGCCAUUUCCAAUACCUUACUAUACUAGGUCUGUUCGGAACUAUCAUCACGAUGAUGCUCUCCGGUAUUUGCGAUUACCUACCCGCUAUACAAGCCAUAAAGACUUUUAAGAGGGUAUUCUUACUAUUCGCAUUGCCAGUUGAACUUGUAAUCUCAUCUAUCUAUUGGGCAAUAAUCCUCUUCUCACCUGAAUUGAUGUUACCUCCCAAUCCCGAUUUGGCCAGUUCACCCGAACCUUCUUCUUCCAACGCUGAAGAUCCAUUAUUCAGAAUCCCAUUGUUGAUGGAUCUCAGUAUGCAUGCUUUGCCUGCCGUGGCUUUGAUAAUCGACUUCUUCUUCCUCGAGAGAAAGUACAAACCUCCCGCAUCUACCAUUGGUGCCUUUGCCCUUGCAGCUUCAUUCGGUACGGCUUAUAGCUUGUGGGUCGAACAUUGCGCUUCGAUCAAUGGUUCUUUCCCCUACCCUUUCUUGACUAUUAUGAACCCUCAACAGCGGGUGAUGAUGUAUGUUGGGUCUACUGUAAUGGCUUGGACGGUGUUCAGGGGGUUGAACGCUUUGCAUAAGUAG